AUGUCGUUCUUCUCCUGCUACCCUGGGUUUUCUUCUGAAAACUCUACUAGCUCCAACUCCAGCCCACCAGCCCUCGAAGAACAACUGCUCCAAAAGUCGAAGACCUCGGAACGAAAGUCACAGAACAUUUCAGUCGCGGAGCUCAACUUCCUCAACGGUCGCUUUGGAGCCAUCUCAGCAACUGCUCAAUUGGAGGUGUUGGAUGAAAAAAUCAAAAUCUGGAAGAAGCUAGAGCACAUCGCAAUUGCAGAGCUCAAUCUUAUGAGCUUAAACCUAGUCCAUGAAGUAAGAGCCAACACAGGAAAAAGCUUCGAAGGUGUUACUGGAAUUAUGAAGCAGCAAGUGGCUCUGGCGGAGAAGAGCAUGCAGAUUGUGGAUCAAAACUUGCUCGAAGCAGUUAUGAACAGGAACCUUGUGGAGAUCAAAUGCUUUGAAAUUAUUUGUUCUUUCCUUAUUUAA